AUGGCCCACGUCGGUGCCGUGGUAGUGGGAGCCGGCAUUGUGGGCGCUGCGGCCGCUCGCAGUUUGGCCCGAGCCGGGUUGGAGGUCCUGGCCGUGGAGCGGUUGCGCCAGGCCGGUCAAGGCACCACCAGCCGGAACAGCCAGGUGAUCCAUGCUGGCCUCUACUACCCAGAGGGGAGCCUGAAAGCCGGCAGUUUCCGGAGGGGUGUGGGAGUUUCGGUUUAA